AUGUGGGGGGUCCUAGAAGGGCUAAGAAAGUUGAUAGAGUUUACGGAGAGAGCCAUCGUGAUACUUAUCCUACUCAACCACCAAUUCAAGGACGUUUAUGGUGCCGGAACAUGUGCCGAUAUUCCUCAGGAUGUCUGUCCUUAUGGAGUUUCUGAGUAUACCGGUGAAUGGGUGAAAUAUGUUCCCAAGUACCUAACACGUGAUCACCCCGAGUACGACGUCAGAACACCACCGGAAGCACGUGACAAGGUUAACUUGUACUGCGCCCAUCCAGCUUGUUACUCCGAUCUGUGUCUUCAUGGAGGAACCUGCAGGGAAGAACUUGACGGGUUCAGUUGCUCCUGUCCUGGGAUCUAUUCCGGAAUUCAUUGUGAACAACAUGCAUGUGACUCCAAUCCUUGUCUUCAUGGAGGGGCAUGUGUGGAGGAACUUGAUGGCUAUAAUUGUUCCUGUCAUGGAGGCUAUGUGGGAAUUCACUGUGAGAAGCCUAUUUGUCCAGACGGAUGGGUGUAUGGAGGAACGAAGUGUCUUCUGGAAGUGGCUGGCCGAGAAUCCAACUGGACUAGUGCGCGUGACUAUUGUAACGGUCUGGACGAGGUUGUACUCGGAAACGGAAACAGAGUUGGACCAUCUCUACUCCUCAUAGAGAGCGAGGAAGAGUAUGAUCUUCUCAAACUCGGCAUAUCCGACCUUUGGUACUACUACUUUUUUUUCUGGUUGAACUGUCAGGUUGUUGACAUGGAUAUUACUUGCUUCACAGACAGAGCCGGAAACACAAGUGACUACCGAAAUUGGUCUAAUGAUUCAAGCUCAUACGAGAGUACCGACUGCGUGGAAGUGAACAUUUGGAGUGGCUAUUGGUUCACAUAUAGCUGUUCGUAUGCAUACGAUUUAACCGCUUGUCAAGUGAAUGUAUUUGCCUAAAUAAAUACACCGACAUAAAAUGCACUAAAUACCCUUCUUUAGCAUGUUUAGUAGAAGAGAGUGAAAAAAUAUACAAGAGUUUCUUUGGCACAAGUUUUCGCUAAUUUUUGAGAUUACAACACGUGCACAUCUCAAGCUUCAGUGAACCCUAACCUCCACUCAUUGUGUUUUCCCAUAUGUUUGAAGUUAUAUGUUUCUUCUGCAUUCAAUUAAAUCAUUAAUUUGUGGGUAUUCUUGAUCAAUUUUGACACGAUCAUUUUUUAAGCUUGGAAUGUUUCUUUUUCAAACUAAAGAAUUACUUCUGAGUUCUCAAGGUAUUUUAUAUUCCCAUAUCAUAACUGUUUAAAUCAGAACAAUAUUUUACCAAUUUGAUUAAAAUAGUGACAUUGUUGCGAUUAAGGAAAUUCAAAUUUUCUUGUAAUGCUUUAAUGUGGCACCUUGCAUGGCCAGGUUGCCCUUAUGUCAAUUAUGUUAUAUUAUCAAUAUCAAUUGAGUAUGUUAUCAUAUUUUCAUUACUAUAUAUCAUAGAUCUGUCUACCUUAAAGCACACACAAUCUGAGUCAGUCACUGCAGUAUGGUUCACGAUCAUACUGUGAUAAACUGGAAGAUGUUUUCACACUCCUUGCGCAAUUAAAAACUCAAACUCAUAUUUUAGCUCGGACAUCGAGCUUUUAUCAUUUUUUUUCAUUUACAAAUUUAAGUGAUCUGUAAAAUGUCCGUUUUAUGGUCUACAUAUCAGCAUUUUAAGCUCGCGCUGCGUGGUCACAUUGAUCACAUUAGCUAAGUUCAUAUUGUCUCCGUGUAUUCCAUAAUGUUUUUUCAAUUAAACAAAUGUAUUCAGAAUGCCCAGAUUCUAAGGUCUAAAUCUAAAACA